GUGGGUGACAAUGGGAUGUACGUGUGUACAAUUCGUACUGACCAAGGGACCGCUCAGGCCUCUGUUUCACUCAACGUCAACGCUCGGCCGCUCAUCUCUCUACCCGCCGGACCAAUCUACGCUGAGAGUGGAAAGAACGUCGAGCUCCCUCUAUGCCAGGUCAUCGGAUAUCCCCCUGCAGUGGUAUCUUGGUCAAAACUUUUUGACCAACUCCCCGGUGGUAGAGCCACUGUCAAAGGCCACACUCUGACUAUAUCAAAAGCAGACAAGAAAGAUUCAGGAACCUACAUCUGCUCAGCCUCGAACGCCAUGGGCACAUCACACUCCAUGACAUCUCUGAUAGUCAAUGUGGUGCCUCAGUUUACAGUCAAGCCACCAGAGAAGAUUGAGCUCUACCAUGGACAGUCAGUGACGCUCAACUGCUCGGCAGACGGACACCUAGUGUCUAGCAUCACCUGGACACGAUGUAAAGGAGACUUACCAGCAGACCGGUCCGAAAUGGAAGGAGGACAACUGAAGAUAAACAGUUUGAUGAAAGAGGACAGUGGGACAUAUAUCUGCUCAGCACAGAGCGAGUUUGUUCACGUGGAGACUGAGGUGCAAAUGAUUGUGAAAACAGCCCGAGAUUGCGCAGAGCUCUUCGCUGCCGGCUUCAAGGAUAGUGGAGUGUACACAGUCAACCCAGCAAACAAAACCAGUUUUGAAGUGUACUGUGACAUGACGACAGAUGGUGGUGGAUGGACCGUCUUUCACAAACGCUUUGAUGGUUUCGUUGGAUUCUAUAGGGACUGGGACGAGUACAAGAACGGGUUUGGUGACGUCAGAGGGGAGUUUUGGCUUGGAAACGAAAAGAUUCAUCAACUGACCGAGAUCCCGAGUCAGUUGCGAGUGGAAAUCAACACCACAUCGGCUGGAAAUAGAUACGCAAAAUAUAGCAAUUUUACGGUGACAAAUGAGGCAACCAACUAUACCUUGCUUGUCGGAUUCUAUUCUGGUAACGCUUACGAUAACCUUUUUUAUCAUAACGGUAUGGCUUUCUCCACCCCGGAUAGGGACAAUGACAAGGACAGUAGGAACUGUGCUAAAAUCGUAAGAGGAGCAUGGUGGUAUAAGUCCUGUCAUCACUCUAGCCUGAACAGUAACUUCGGAGAUGGCUACUAUUAUUGGCACUGGAGUCCACUCAUUGGAAGCCAGAUGAAACUCAAACCAAAAUCUCCUUGA